GGGGAGCCGGGGGGAGGGCGGCCGGGGUGUGAGGCGCUGAGGAUUAGCGGUGCGUCGCAGCUCCGCCUCCCCCCCCUCGUCCGCAUCCCGGGCGCGAUGAGAGGGGGAGAUGGACCCGAGCUGGCAGGACUGGCACCAUGACAUUCUACGGCUUCGUGGUGGCGCUGGUGAUAGGGACGCUCCCCGAAGCCCGCGGACUGGGACAGGUCUCCGCCAGCCUCCCGGCCGCCCGCCCCCCAGAGACCCUCGCCCCGGUCCAGCCACCCCCCGCGGCCUGCCCUGCUGGGGGCUUCGCGGCUGCCCAGCGCCCCUGGCCACCGGCAGUGCCCGGUCUCCCGCGGCGGGGCACAGCGGGACGGGGGCCGAGGGUCCGCCGCAGCUCCUGCACCCUGCCCGGCGGCGGCAGCAGCGGUCGGCCCGGGUGCGUCCCCGGAGGUGGCCGGGGCCCGGCAGAGCGGGGCCGCGCCGACGGCGAGCGAGGGUCAGUGAGACUCCAGGGUGGCAAAAAUGAGUUUGAAGGUACAGUGGAGGUUUAUCUGAAUGGAAUCUGGGGAAUAAUCUGUGGGAGCCACUGGGACAAUAACGAUGCGACAGUCAUUUGUCGCCAGCUUGCACUUAGUGAAAAAGGUACAGCAAAACACAUACCAUUUUCUGGACUCGGCCUUAUUCCUGUUUACUGGAGUGAAGUACGUUGUCGUGGUGAUGAAGCAAAUAUACUGCUAUGUGAAAAAGACAUCUGGCAGGAUGGAACAUGUCCUCAAAAAAUGGCAGCUGCUGUCACAUGUAGCUCUUCCCUGGCCCCUGUCUUUACUCCGAUCCGGCUGGCUGGUGGAAGCAACACUCGUGAAGGAAGAGUAGAAGUCUACCAUGCUGGCCAGUGGGGGACUGUCUGCGAUGAUCAGUGGGAUGACGCAGAUGCUGAAGUUGUCUGUCGACAGCUUGGCCUCGGGGGCGUUGCCAAGGCAUGGAGCCAGGCUUACUUUGGAGAAGGCUCAGGCCCCGUGCUGCUGGAUGAAGUGCGCUGCACAGGAAAUGAGCUCUCGAUAGAACAGUGUCCCAAAAACUCCUGGCGAGAGCACAACUGCGGCCACAAAGAAGAUGCUGGUGUUUCCUGCACACCUCUCACAGAUGGUGCCUUAAGACUAACGAGUGGUAAAGGCAGUCAUGAGGGACGCCUGGAGGUCUACUACGCUGGGCAGUGGGGCACAGUCUGUGAUGAUGGGUGGACAGAGCUGAAUACACAGGUGGUUUGCCGGCAGCUGGGAUUUAAGCAUGGAAAAAGUGCACCUGAGAGCUACUCGGAAGGAAGCUCUGUGCCCAUCUGGUUGGAUGAUGUCAGCUGCUCAGGGAAGGAGAUAAACCUUCUGCAGUGCUCAAGGAGAGAGUGGGGAAAGCAUGACUGCAACCAUCAGGAGGAUGUCAGACUCAUUUGCCACCCAGAUAAUGACAGCCAUAAACUCUCACUUGGUCCUCCCAUCAGGCUGAUGGAUGGUGAGAGUAAGAAGGAAGGACGUGUAGAGAUUUUUAUCAAUGGCCAGUGGGGCACAAUUUGUGAUGAUGGAUGGUCUGAUAAGGAUGCAGCUGUAGUCUGUCGACAGCUUGGCUACAAAGGUCUGGCUAGAGCAAGGACAAUGGCAUAUUUUGGGGAGGGCAAAGGCCCAAUCCAUGUGGAUAACGUGAAGUGUACAGGAAGUGAGAGAUCGUUGGCUGACUGCAUUAAGCGCGACAUUGGGACGCACAACUGCCGGCACAGCGAGGACGCAGGGGUCAUCUGUGACCACCUAAGCAGAAAGGCCCUGGGAAACAGCAAUAAAGAUUCUCUUGCAUCUGUUUGUGGAUUGAGGUUACUCCAUCGUCGACAGAAGCGGAUCAUUGGUGGUAAAAAUUCCUUACGGGGUGGCUGGCCAUGGCAGGUUGCUCUCCGACUUAAGUCUUCUCAUGGCGAUGGAAGACUAUUGUGUGGUGCUACUCUCAUCAGCAGCUGCUGGGUCCUCACUGCUGCACAUUGUUUUAAAAGGUAUGGCAACAACACUCGGAACUACGCUGUGCGAGUUGGAGACUAUCACACACUGGUACCAGAAGAGUAUGAGGAAGAAAUUGGAGUCCAAAAGAUUGUGAUACAUAGAGAGUACAGGCCCGAGAGCAGCGACUAUGAUAUUGCGUUGGUGAGGCUACAGGGGCCAGAGGAACAGUGUGCCAGGUUCAGUACCCAUGUCUUACCUGCUUGUUUGCCAUUAAGAAGAGAAAGACCACAGAAAACUGCUCCCAACUGUUAUAUCACUGGAUGGGGUGACACAGGAAGGGCUUAUUCAAGAACACUACAACAGGCUGCCAUCCCCUUACUUCCCAAGAGGGUAUGUGAAGAGCGCUACAAAAGAAGAUUCACAGGAAGAAUGCUCUGUGCUGGAAACAUCCAGGAACAGAAACGUGUUGAUAGCUGUCAAGGAGACAGUGGUGGACCACUGAUGUGUGAACGUCCAGGUGAAAGCUGGGUUGUGUAUGGUGUGACCUCCUGGGGCUACGGCUGUGGAGUGAAAGAUUCGCCAGGUGUCUACACGAAAGUAUCAUCUUUUGUACCUUGGAUAAAAAGUGUGACCAAACUAUGAAUGUCCAUAACGAAACCCCAACUUUGUCAGUGAAGACUGAGGCAGGAAUACUUGAACAGCACACAGUGCACAGCUGGAGCCCACAGUGAGUGGAAACACACAUUUUCCUGAUUCCUGUGUUUUCCUUUUUGUUAAAUCCAAGCUGUAUACACACAACCUUUCCAGCUAGGGAUUAGUACACAGAUAAAAUCUCCCUGCGUUAAGGAAGUUUAUGUACAAGCUACCAUGUAUCUAAGAGAAGGAGAAAAGUGAUAGCCAGCUUAGAGCAACAUUUGAGCAGGACAGCUGGAGAGCUCACUGUCAGAUUUGUUGCCCACAGGAAGGCUGUAGUAGCUCCAAGCUAUUUAUGUUCUGAGCUCUUCUAGAAUUAAUCACAGAUCUCAAAACUAAUCUUUGGUCUAGUUAAUUUAGUUAGUUCCUGACUGUGGUCUUUUUAUUCCAGGUAGUAGGUAGGACUCAACAAUCUCAAAGGUCUUUUCCAACCUGGUUAAUUCUGUGAUUCUGUUAUCUUACAUUCAGCCCUCUAUUUUUGACACAUUUCACUAAUUAAUGAGACCAUUUGUGGUAAGUAAUUCUGAGCAUGCACUAAAUGUUAGACAGAAAAUAAUUGUCAAUAAUCAGCUUCCCAUCUAUUCUGAUAAAUGUUCUCACAGCUUAGUGGCCAUAAUGUACAUUCCAAAGUAAAACAGGUAGCAUACUAAUUAAAUUCCCCAUAAAAAUGCUGCACAGCUGCAAGAUCUGGAUCAAAAAUAAAUAACCCCUUAUUUAAUUUCCUCUAGAUAAAUAUAAUUUGUCUUCUUUCUGAAAUUAAUAUCUUUUAGUACCUAUAGCAUUUCAGAGAUAAUUUACUUAUUUACCACUAGCUGUCAGAACAGCAUCAGAUUAACAAACAUCCCAAUCCUUUUGUUGCUGGUUUUGAAGAGGCUUUAUUCAAGCAACAUUAUUGCCUCUCUCAAUCCUACAAGACUUUUGAGCAUGUACAAUGCAAAUAGUGGAGAUGCUGAGCCAAAACCUGUCUGAAAAGAUCUAUAAAGUCUUAAAUUGCUAUUUUCUACAAGACAGUAUUUAUACAACUCUCUCCUGUUCAGCUGCAAUACUGCUUCAGACUGGUCUUAUGGGGAAGGUGAGAGUUAUAGUUUUCAGUGACCUCUGAAGUAUUGACACAUCUUGAUUCCAUUUAAUUCCUCUUACAGGAACUGCUACCCACACUAUGAAAACCCUAAUGGUUUAUUAUAGAAGUGCACUAAUAAAAAGUUACUCUUGAUGCAAAAGACAAGUAUUAACCAACUUACUAUAUUUUUAUGAGGGGCCACAUCACUGAACUUAGCACACUGAACACAGGGAGUAAUCACCAUCCCAGUGCAACACUGACAGCUAUCAGUCUUGAAAGUAUCUAACUGCAGUCAACAGGCAGACAGCAAAGUUCAGUGCCACCUCACCCUUCCCUGUCCAAGAUCAUUCUAUCUGCAAGCAUGAUCUAUUACGUGAACAAACAUGCUUCUUACAAAGAUUAAACAGCUCUGUGGGUCAUGAACCGCUCCAUGUGACGUGUGGCACAUGUGUGGCACCUCACAGCAACUGUGCAGACUGGGAGUACCAGUGACUGUUUCGCUGUGUUUCCUAUCCUCAGAUGCCCUGUCUGUAAUAGUCUUGUGGGGCCUUUUGUGAACAGGGGGAUGCCUAUACCCUGUUUUGAGUGGGCAGUCAGUCAUUUCUGUGUGGUUCUGUCUCUCUCAUGGUGUAACAAAGAGCCAAGACAACUCCAUUUGCAUACAGAAGUGGUGAAGACAUUACACAGAGCUCACACAAUUGAAGUCUGGACCCUUAAUUUCUUUGAGACCUCAAACUUAGUUUUCAAGGGUCACAACUAGCUAAAAUCUCUCGUUGGAACUGGUGCUAAAAUAGUACAUGUGGUGCUUUAAUAUAAUUUCAUUCUCUGUAAUUCCACACUUUGAAAUAGUGUGACAUUUAAAAACACAUCAUAGUACUGUGACUACCGAGUUGUUAGACCUACGUGACUGACUCCGAUAGUGAAUUUUAAAACCAGAUUUUAGUUAUACAUAAUCCUUUUAAUUAAAGGGGAAUUAAACCUGUCAAAAUGUAUCUGUGUACCACGAAGACCCACGAUUCUGACUUGUGCUAAGUAGGCUAUAUAGUGCAAUACAUGUGUUGUGUACAGGGGAACUUGUGCUCUUUUAGAAGCUGCACCACAGAACAUACUACUUGGGGCAGGAGGGAUACUAAAUGCAGUGCUAGUGCAGUAGCUCGUGUUUUUUAAUAGGAUGUUUUAUUAGAUUUUAAAAUGUUGCACUACUGUAUACAUGCAGAGAGCAUGCCUUUUCAGUUUCAAACAUAAAAUGAACAUGUCUUUGUAUUAUGCCAUUCUUUGUUCAAUGACCUUGAUGAGGUAAAAGAAUAUUAAUAAAAACUGCCAUGCUAAUUACAACUUA